UAGUUUCUGCUCGGCAGUCAUGGAGGACAUUGCUCUGUGCGGGGUGAGCGCGUGCCUAGUGAUAAUUGCCGAUGAAGAUGGAAGAAACAGAAAACGCAAACGUUGGUGGUGUCGCGAUUUGUUUGAGGAGGGGCCGAGAUUUGCUGUUGGACUAUUGGAUAAAUUGAAACUGAACGACGCCACGGGUUUCACAAAUUUCACCCGCCUAACACCUACAGAUUUCGAAGAGUUACUUCUGAUGGUCGGAGGGCAAAUAAUGAAACAGGACACCAAAUUUAGAGAAACAAUACCAGCGUCUGUUCGACUUGGUGUCACACUGCGAUUCCUUGCAAGUGGAGACUCCUUCGCAAGCCUCAUGUACACAUUCAGGAUAUCAAAACAGGCAAUAUCACAAAUAGUCCCAGAAGUUUGCGAAGCAAUUAUUUCAGCACUGAAACAAUAUGUGAAGAAACCAUCUUCCGAAGCUGAAUGGAGAAUUGUUGCUAAUGACUUCGAGACAAGAUGGAAUUUUCCACACUGCUUAGGGAGCAUUGAUGGCAAGCACAUUCAGAUGAUUGCACCUGCCCAUAGCGGCAGUUUGUAUUACAACUACAAAAACACCUUUAGUAUAGUGUUGCUUGGUGUUGCAGAUGGUAACUACAACUUUUUGUACGCUGAUGUUGGGUGUCAAGGCCGCAUUUCUGACGGGGGUGUUUUUAAGUUCACCUCAUUGUAUAAUACCCUAGAGAACAAUUCGGCACAUGUACCCAGUGUUGAGGCAUUACCAGGUAGAACGGAGCCGGUACCGUAUGUUCUAGUAGGAGAUGACGCUUUUGCUAUGUCCUCAUACUUGAUGAAACCAUACCCUGGUCGUGCAUUAGACAUCCCUAAACGAGUGUUCAACUACAGACUAAGUAGAGCUCGAAGGAUCAUAGAAAAUGUGUUUGGAAUAAUGUCAUGUAAAUUCAGAGUGUUUCUUAAGCCCAUUGCUUUACAACCAUGUAAAGUUGAAUCUGUGGUUUUAGCAUGCAUAUAUUUGCACAACUUUUUACGCAGGAAUUCUGUUUCAAGACAGAGCUACACGCCUCCUGGAAGUUUCGACUCUUGUGACACAGAUGGCAAUAUGAUAGCAGGAUCUUGGAGAAGAGACAUCAAUGAAUGUGAUCGUUUGUUGGAUUUGAUGCAUGUUCCACGAAGAGCUUCGGAUAACUUACAUAAAAUCCGUGAUGAAUUUUGCAGCUAUUUUGUUUCUGAACAGGGAACUGUGCCUUGGCAGUAUGACGCCAUAAUCUAAUAUCGUAGAUCAUGUGUACAAUAGCUAAUCACAGACUAAAGUUCAAUAGCAUACCUAUCUAAUACAAUGUUAGUUAAUCUUUUGCUCGUAAUUGACAGUAUCAGAAUGUUUUAGUAUACCUAAUACAUACAUUUUCUUUAUAAUUAUUAACAGCAAAUUAGUUUUGUGGGUAACUGCUAUAAAUACAAUAUGCAACAAUAUGUAGCUAACUGUAAUUGAAAUGUUCAAUAAACUAUUAUUCACUUAC